CGCAGUACGGCGUCUGCAGAGAGGCGCUAGUCUCUCAGGACAUGACGUAUUUAGAAUAGUCGUGCAGUAAUCACAGUCAGAGUGUGUUUCUGACGAACCGCUUCAUCAUAAUUUUUACAUUAUUGAGAUAAGUGAGAGACGAAACAUCGUUCUACGUGAUUUCGUGUUAGUGUCGAAGAAGAAAGAAAUAAAAAAAACGAAAAGAAAACGAACUAAUUCACGACAGUGAAUUUUAUGUGUGACAGUUGAUUGAGAUUACUCGGGGAAAGGGGUGUGGGCCGACUGAACGCCAGAAAAUAUUAGUGUUACAAUUAGAGGCUAGAUUUCUCAUACAUUGAGAACUCAAAUGAGUUAGGGGCCUGUUCGGGCCCCUGGAUAUGCGCUAUGGACAGUGUGGACAGUGCUAACAGGCGGCAACCCACCCGUGUCUUUAAAAAGUCCAGUCUCAACGGCAAGAUCACUGUUUACCUUGGAAAGAGAGACUUCGUCGAUCAUAUAACCCACGUUGAUCCUAUCGACGGUAUAGUGCUCAUUGAUCCGGAUUACGUGAAAGAUCGGAAAGUUUUUGGCCAUGUUUUGGCAGCGUUUAAAUAUGGAAGAGACGAUCUCGACGUGCUUGGACUUUAUUUUCGAAAGGAUCUUUAUCUCGCUGCGGAACAAAUAUAUCCUCAGGUGACCAGUUGUCAGCCGCGCAGAGAGUUGACGCGUCUACAAGAGAGGCUAAUAAAGAAAUUAGGAAGUAAUGCUUAUCCGUUCUACUUCGAGCUGCCGCCACAUUGUCCGGCCUCGGUGACGUUACAGCCAGCACCUGGUGACAACGGUAAACCGUGCGGCGUCGAUUAUGAGCUAAAGGCGUUCGUGGGUGAAACUCAGGACGACAAACCCCAUAAAAGAAAUUCAGUAAGGCUAGCGAUACGGAAGAUCAUGUAUGCGCCAUCUAAGCAAGGCGAGCAACCGUACGUUGAGGUCAGCAAAGAGUUUCUGAUGUCGCCUAGCAAGCUACACUUGGAGGCGUCUCUUGAUAAGGAGCUUUAUCAUCACGGCGAGAACAUAGCCAUUAACGUGCACAUCGCGAACAAUAGUAAUCGAACAGUUAAAAAGAUAAAGGUUUCCGUGCGACAGUUUGCAGACAUUUGUUUGUUUUCAACCGCGCAAUAUAAGUGCAUCGUUGCUGAAGCUGAAAGCGAUAUAGGGGUAGCGCCAGGAUUCACCUUGAGCAAGGUCUUUUCUCUAAGGCCGACGCUUGCCGACAACAAAGACAAGCGAGGUCUUGCUCUAGAUGGUCAACUUAAGCACGAGGACACCAACCUCGCAUCUAGCACAAUGGAGGGAUGCCCAGUGGGGCCGGGUUUCACGCUGAGCAAAGUCUUCUCCCUGACACCGCUUCUCGCCAACAACAAAGAUAAAUGGGGGCUCGCCCUCGACGGCCAACUCAAAGACGAGGACACCAAUCUGGCGUCCAGCACCCUCGUCGUAGACCCAUCUCAACGCGAAAACCUAGGAAUUAUCGUCCAGUACAAGGUCAAAGUGAAACUCUGUCUUGGUGCACUCGGAGGCGAGCUAGUUGCUGAAUUGCCAUUUAUUUUGAUGCAUCCUAAACCAGAAGAAGAAAAAUCAACUCUGUCAACGUCACCUCCAAGCCCAACGAAUAAAGGGGAUGGUGAUGAGGUACCGCUCGAUACCAACCUCAUCCAACUGGACACGGAAGCCGAUGGUGACGAUGACAUCGUAUUUGAGGACUUCGCACGUCUAAGGUUAAAAGGCGAGACCGAUGCCUGACCGUGUUGCUUAAACAACAUCGUAAAGUUGCAAGUUGGAACAACUAUUAAACGUCCAAAGUUUGAAGACGUCACGUCCUCUGCCAAUAUGCGCCCUUUCUCAUUUUUAAUUUAGAAAGUCGGAGGGUAAAAUGAAUUAUGAAAACUCGUUGCGUCGUGUGUAUGUAUGUAUGUAUGUAUGAUGUAUGUAUGAUGUAUGUAUGUAUGUAUGUAUGUAUGUAUGUAUGUACGUAUGUAUGUAUGUAUGUAUGUAUGUAUGUAUGUAUGUAUGUAUGUAUGUAUG